CCUACUCUGUUACAGUUGUUGGAUACCUAGUAUAUAUGCUGUGAUAGAUCACUCAGUGCGCUGACAUUGCAGGAGCAGUAAAGCAGUGGGGAGAAAGGAUCACUACUCAACAUGGGUGCAUCACAUUCUCAUCACCACAAGCAAUGCCACAGUCAUCAGUCUCCAAUUAACAUCUGCACUAAGAAGGUUCAACAUGAUCCCUUUCUGAAACCUAUAAAGAUCCAGUAUGACCCCAAGACAACCAGAAAAAUUGUAAAUAAGGGGCAUUGCUUCAAUGUGGAGUUUGACGAUGCAACUGAUAUGUCAGUACUCAGUGAUGGACCAUUAACUGGGAAUUAUCGCUUACUUCAGUUUCAUUUUCAUUGGGGUUCAACUGAUGAAACCGGCUCUGAGCAUGUUAUAGAUGGAAAAGUUUACCCUGCAGAGAUGCACAUAGUUCAUUGGAAUUCACAGAGGUAUUUAACUUUUGAAGAAGCUGCAAAGCACCCUGAUGGCUUGGCUGUUAUAGGCAUACUGCUGAAGAUUGGAGAAACAAAUACAGUAUUACAAACCAUAAUCGAUAAUUUGGAUCAAGUAAAAACGAAGGGCAAGGAAUAUACAUUUACAAAAUAUGAUCUUUCAAGUUUGCUGCCAAAGGAUCUGAAUUACUGGACAUAUCCUGGAUCAUUAACAACAGAACCCUACUUUGAGUGUGUUACCUGGAUUGUCCUGCAGGAGGCAAUACCGAUCAGUUCACAGCAACUGGCACAGUUCCGCAGUUUGUUGUGUACAUCUGAGAAUGAAAACCCAGUCGCCAUUUUGAAGAACCACAGGCCUGUUCAGCGUGUACAUGAUAGAGUUGUACGAUCUUCGCGUAUGGUCAACAAAAAAGCUUCUAAACCUUGAAUCUUUGUCAAAUAAUAAAAUUGUGUUUUUUUAUCAUUGUUUUAAAAGAAAAACAGAUAAAUAAACAAACUUUCUGUUUAAUCGAGGCGUGCAGAGGAGUUUGAAAGAAGCAAAAAUGUUAAUAAUUAGUUAUCAAGUAGUCAAAUUGAAAUUUGCUAAUAUUGUAUAUAGUGUAAACAUAGCCAAUCAAAAUUGAUGCAAGAUAAAGAAAAGAAAAUUCACACACUUGGGCAAAUAAAAAUGAAGAGUCAUUUAUGUAUUUUAGGCAGUGUUAAUUUUGGCAGCAAAUUUCAAUUUAGUUUUAGUCAUGGUCUUUUGACUAAAAAGCCAUUUUAGUUUUAGUCGUAUUUUAGUCAAUUGAAUUUUUUUAGUUUUAGUCUAGUUUUAGUCGACUAAAUCUCCAGUAGAUUUUUGUUGACACAAUUAAAAUCUAAUGGGUUUAAUUAAAAGCCUCUGUCACUUUUG